GAGCUCUGCAGGAUUUUUCAGAAUUAUGGAAGAAUUUUGAACAUAUAAAAAGCAAAGGCAAUUUGAUUUCACCUUGUGCGUCUGGCAAAAUGGAAUUAACAAAUGGAUUUUCUUAGCUUUCUCCCUCUUUCCUCUCCCUCUUACUCAUCAUUGGGGAGAAAAAAAUAGAGCGCACGAAUGAUGUGGAUUAAAACGCAUAAAUGGGACACUUCAGGAAAACAUCUGCUGAGAACAGAGCUCCAAGCAACUGACUGUGAUGGGCUGUCAAACUGCAUUUGAAAUACUCUACCAAAGAAUAAUGUCCACUUCUGACCUACUGUGAAGAACAAUAUUUGAUUCGAUCAAUGUUGCAGAUCUCCCCCGCGGGGAACUGCUGCUGAGCAAUAGGUGAACCCUCAGAAAAGAGCAACGGUGGACCAUGUGAUACUUGACCUUCACAGAGAGAACUCAGGUACACUCCAGAGGAUGUCAAAUCUGAUCUGAAGCCACCCUCGAGAGGAUUGCCCAGCUCACGUUUUGGUCGCCUUUUCUUGUUUUGUUUAGCACUACUCAAAAGACAAUGGGCCAGCAGUGACAGAACAUAGUUACCAAUGCUGGAUCUUCAUUUAUUGAGGAGUACCAGACAUCUCAGCAUGGAAUUAAAAGAGAUUUUCCUCAUCAGAGAGCGACUGUGAGAAACACAGGAGAGUGGGGGGGCUGUGAUUUGGACACUGGGAGCUGGGAGGAUUAGCUAGUGUGCUGCUAACCCAUGGUGGAUCUGCUGUGAGCAGGACAAGGGACUCAGCAGUGGAGGAUGUCAGCAGAGGCCGAGCUCCAGUCGGGUGUCAAAACCAGCCAGCGAAAGGAGUCCAGGAGGAUCAAAGGUCAGGACCGCACUGAGGCGGGGCUUAUCAAGCGUUUCCGCGGAGAUGGCGUACGCUACAAGGCCAAGCUGAUCGGGAUUGAUGAGGUGACAGCGGCGCGUGGGGACAAGUUGUGCCAGGACUCCAUGAUGAAGCUGAAGGGAAUGGCUUCCUCCGCACGUUCUAAAGGGGAGCACAAGCAGCGAGUCUUCUUGACAGUGUCAUUUGGCGGGAUCAAGAUCUACUGUGAAAGAUCAGGGGUUCUUCUGCAUCAUCACUCAGUCCAUGAGAUCAGCUACAUUGCCAAGGAUACCAGGGACCACCGGGCCUUUGGCUAUGUCUGUGGGAAGGAGGGCCACCACAGAUUUGUGGCCGUCAAGACGGCACAGUCUGCUGAGCCUCUCAUCUUUGACUUACGUGACCUCUUCACACUCAUCUAUGACAUUAAACAGCGGGAGGAGAUGGAGAAAAAGGCCCAGAAGGACAAACAGUGUGAGCAGGCAGUCUACCAGACCAUCCUUGAAGAUGAAGUGGAUGAUCCAGUUUACCAGUACAUAGUGUUUGAGGCUGGACACGAACCCCUCCGCGGCCCCCAGUCAGAGGAGAGCGUUUAUCAGGUCCCAACCAGUCAGCAGAAGGAAGGGAUCUAUGACGUCCCAAAACGGCAUUUCAUGACUAACAUCAACCACUUUGAUCUUUUCGGGGACAUGUCCACUCCUCCCUCGAUGCCUCCAUCACCUGCCAACACUCUGGACCCGAGCAGGAGCAGCCGCCAGCAGCAGCACACGCCUGCUGAGCUGUAUGCCCCGUUCAGCCCCACCUCUGUGCCAUCAGGUUAUAUGACCAUGGGAUCGGUGCAGGCGGCCCAGUGGGCUCAGCAGCCAUUUCCUGCCCAGGCUCAGACUCUGGCCUUCCCCGUGCAGGGGCCCCUUCAGGUGGCUCAGGUUCUCCCUGGUGGUCAGCCAGUCAUCUGGAGCCAGGCCAACAUUUUCCCCACCACUCAGCAGCAGUGGGCAGCCAUGGCAGCCUACAUGCCGGCCCAGACGGUGGGCGUAGGGGGCCACGCUAUCCCGGCUGCCAUGCUCCAAGGCUUGGUACCCAUCACCACCGUGUGCCCCCAAGCCUGCGACCUGUCAGCUCCCUCCUCAGCCAUCACCAGCCCCCAGCACAUGGCUGACCCCACACUGCUCCACAGGCAGCUUAGCCUGGGGAAAGAAGGACUUGGUGUUGACUCAGAUGCAGGCGAGGGCCCUUCAACAUCAGGAGCAGCAGGUGUGGGAGCCGGUGUUGCGUCAGCAGCGGUAAGCAGGUGUGGAACCCCAGGCCUCAUGAGCAUACCGGACACACUGGUCUGCAGUCAGCUGCCGCCACCUCAAACUGCUCCCACCCAGGAAGAGGAGGGUAGCUGUAGUGAUCUUGAUCUUUCUAGGAUGACGUUGAGUCCAGGUACAUCCACAUCACCGUCUACUGAAUCUCCAUCUACUCCAGCCCCUCAGCAGAGCUCAUCUUCAGACUGCCCCCCCUCCCAGGCUAGCGACCCUCCCACAGAUCACUCCCCUGUUGACCCAGAGGGCAACUCGAGCAACGCCAAGGAGGAGGAACAACCAGAGUCUGCUGCUGGGAGGUCGGUCUCUCCGGAGCCCAGCAGAGCUGCUGAGCCUGUGGAUGAGACUUGUUCACAAGAAGACAGCCACACAAUCAUGCUUUCUGCAGUGAUACAGGCGAGAGCCCUCAAUUCUCACAGCUGCCUACUCUUCAUUCUUCUGAGUUUGGUGCUGCUAAGUAAUGUUGGCCAAACAACUGCAAGCAAUGAGGACUCCAUUGUUCGAAAAACUCGAUCUGUAGAUAAUCCAGUGGUAGUUCAACCAGUGGAUUGUGUCCUAUCAGAGUGGACUUCAUGGUCACGCUGCGAUGUCUGCCAGAAAAAGAGUUACCGCUAUGCUAAGCUGGUGCAGCCAUCUAUGUUUGGAGGGGAGCCGUGCAAUUCUCAUGGCAGCCAGGAAGAGAGCUGUGAAGUUUCAAGCCGCUACACAUGCAACAACAUACCUUUAUGUGAGGGAUUCCUCUGCAACAAAACAGGUCGCUGUAUCCACAGAACUCUGCAGUGUAGCGGGGAGGAUGACUGUGGGGACAUGUCGGAUGAAGUUGGCUGCAGAAAGAUUACCAAACCAUGCAGGGUGGAGGCUGAAGAAUACUGGGGAAUUGAAAACCUUGCUAAAGGAAUCAACAUCCUAAACAGCAAUCUGGAAGGAGUAGUGCUUGAUAAUAGAUACUAUGGCGGUAGCUGCCAGCCUCAUUAUAUCCAGGAUGUCCCAUUCAGGAGGCCUUUCAACUUACAGCAAUACACACUAGAGACAAAAGGCACAUACGACUUCACGAUGCAGUCUUUUUCAUUAUAUACUGAUUACAUGCGCUACUCCAUGGAGGCGACUUCGUCCAAAACCUCUUUCUCGAUUGGUAUUUCCGUUCCAGGCAUUUUUAAUUUCGGGUUCAGUUACAGUGACUCUAAAUAUAAGAGGUCUAUUCAGAAGACUCGUCGUGCUUCUGGCAAAACCAACAGUUUUGUUAAUGCCAAAUCAGAGCUGCAGUUGGCCCAGUACAUACUGAAGGAAAACGAUUUGGUGCUCCACCCUGAGUUCCUGCAGCGUCUUCGCUCCCUGCCACAGGCUUAUGUUUAUGGGGAGUACAGACAGAUCUUCAGAGACUACGGCACCCACUACAUCACUGAGGCCACCCUCGGUGGAGAGUUUGACCACACCAUCAUCUUGGACAAGGAGAAGCUUGAAAAGUCAGAUUAUUCUUUGGAUGAAUUCAAGGACUGUGUGCAGGCAGGUGUUAAGGCUGGAGCGAACAUAUAUGGUGUUUACGUAUCAGUUGGAAUUGAAGGUGGAUCCUGUGAUGGCCUUCUAAAUGAGAUGGGAGAGGACACAAAGAAUGGCAGAAUGGUGGAGGACUUUGUUGCUGUUGUAAAAGGUGGUACCAGCAAAACCAUCACUGCUUUGCUGUCUAAGAAGCUUCCUGAUCCACACCUGAUGAGACUUUGGGGUGAAGGCGUGCGCUUUAAUCCUGCCUUAAUUCGUACAAAAAUACGACCAGUGUAUGAGCUGGUGACAUCCAAAGACUUCACCCAAGCCUCCAACCUGAAGAGGAGCCUAAGGAGAGCCCUGUCGGAGUACCUGGAAGAGUCAAGUUCAUGUCGAUGUGCUCCCUGUCACAACAAUGGAGUGGCUGUUUUAAAAGGCACAAGGUGUGAAUGUGUGUGUCCUUCUGGGUACCGAGGAGAGAGUUGUGAGAUCACUUACCGGAAAAAAGAUAUCGGUAUUGAUGGCAGCUGGAGCUGCUGGGGAGCGUGGUCAUCCUGCGGCGGGGAGACAAUGACGAGGACUCGGCAGUGUAACAACCCGGCGCCCAGAAACGGAGGCGCUGAUUGCAUGGGACUGCUGCAAGAGUCUUUUGAGUGCUGAUGUCAAAGAUCUCAAAAUGAUUUAUAAAGUACCUUUAAACAACAAAAAGAAGCCUUUUGUGUCUUUUGGCUGUUUAUAGUAAUAUGCAAAGUCUUUUUACUAUUUUGUUUCCAACCAGCCGGACCUUCUUAUAGUUUAUUAAGUUUGUCUUGAGCAACACCUUUCCAAACUUUCUGAGUUUAUUUUCUGAGGGAAUUAGCUUAUUUUAAUUUAAUUUCAGUCUAAUCUUGUGCCUGAAUAUUUUAAGAGGUUGUAUUGUUUUUUUGUUGGUUUAUUUGUUGUUUAUUUGUGUUUGUUUAGCUACUUAACACUCACCUAUUAAUUAUUUAAGCACAAUAGUCACCUCUAAUAGUAUCAAACUCUCACUCUGACAGAAGAAAGUUUACUACCUCUCUCACAAUAAAGACACCUGACGCAAGGGAGGAACCAGUAAAAACUAUUUUAACCCUUGUGCCAUCCUCAAGUUUAUUACUCUCUAGUAACCUUCAUGGCCCAAAACUGCUUUAAAAUUAUAAAACCUCCAUGUUUUUGUCUACUUUUUGUUUUCAUUCAAUCACUUAAAGAACUGAUGAUAGUUGACGAGUGAAUUGUGUGUGUGUGCUUGUGUGAAAUCAUUUAUGAUUAUCAAAAUGUUUCUUAAACGUUGAUCUGAAGGAAA